UUUGUUUUGCUUGCAUUUGUUGACGUUGUCAUUUAAUUCUACUAAAAAGGUUGGCUAGCCGCAACCUUGUGCCACCCGCAAUAACAAAUUAAUUUAUUAGGCUUUUCUGCUAAAAGUUCAGAAUGAAAUUUUACAUUAAAUUAUUGCUGCUGUGCAGCUUUAUUUUUGGCACAUUAGCUUGGGACUCCGAGGAGUUGGAAAUUUUCGAUUUAGUUGAAGAAAUCAAUCAGAACUUUUACGAGUUUAUGAAUAUUUCACAGGAAGCAACGAAUAAUGAGAUCAAACGUGCAUUCCGUUCACUAUCUAUUGUCCUGCACCCUGAUAAAAACCCAUCCGAAGAUGCUAAUAUACAAUUUCGCAAUUUAGUAUCCAUCUACGAAGUUUUAAGGGAAACAUCCAAACGUGAAAAGUACAAUAAAGUUUUGCGCGAAGGCUUGCCAAACUGGAAGUCAGCUUUAUAUUAUUAUCGGCGUAUGCGUAAAAUUGGACUCUACGAAGGAGCGGCUAUACUCUUUGUCAUUAUUACCAUUGGUCAAUACUUGUUUGCAUGGGCUGCUUAUCUUGAGAAGAAAUACACUGCCGAGCAAGUAUUCGGUUCUAAAUUAAAAAAGUUACAGAAGAAAAAUAAAGCUAUUGAUAUGGAUGUUAUACUGAAAGAAAUUCCUUCCCCUUCGGUUUUGAACACAUUACCAUUUCAAAUACCACUAUUCAUUUGGCAUUUACCUAGCACAAUCAAGGAAGCAUUCAGUAGAGCUAAUGAGCUUAAGGAGAUUGCUUUAGAAAAACGGCGACUUGAACUUGAAGAAAUAAAGCGACAAGAAGAGCUCGAGAGGGAAUUGGAAGAGCAAGCGCGCUUACGUAAGGAAAAGAAGGAGAACCUACGUAAACGUCGUCAAAAUACAACUGCACCCGUAAAAACUGAUGAAGAACUGCGUGGUUACUCACAAAUACAGGCACGCGAAUUGACCGAAGAUGAUGCUGUUAAGCCUGUGCAACAGAAAUCAACCUUGAGCGGUGGUUUUUGGACUGACGAAGAUCUCACUGAACUCAUACGUUUGGUUAAGAAGUAUCCCGGUGGCUCGAGCGCACGUUGGAAUAGUAUUGCCGAAACUAUGAAUCGCUCAGUACAAGAAGUCACUUUCAUGGCUGCAAAAAUGAAAGAGAAUGGUUAUCGUCUUCCAGGGCAAAGCACUGAAGCAAGUAGUGAGUUCACCACACAAGCACAAGAGAUUACAAAGAAGGAAAAGGUGAAGAAAACAGCCGCAGCUGAUAAGAAUAUACUAGUUCCUGAAACAAAUUGGUCACAAGAACAACAACGCGCCCUGGAAUCAGCUAUAACCAAAUAUCGCAAGACUGCCAGUGGCGAUCGUUGGCAAAAAAUUGCCAAUUGUGUGCCCGAAAAGACAAAGGAGGAAUGCUUAGUACGUUAUAAAUACUUAUGUGAAUUAGUCAAAUCGCAAAAAAAAAGCGAAGAGGAGGCCGCUGCGGCUAAUGAGGAGGUGACAACAGAAAAGGUAGAGAAUAUAGUAGAAGAAACGCCUGCCCCAUCGAACGACUUAGCGCAUAAUGUGGAAGAUGAGGAUUCAGUAGAGAAGAGCGGUAAAAAACGUAGUAAGCGAAAAGAACGCAGACGCCGACGUGAUAUGUCGAGCAAUGAAGAUUCAGAUGACGCUUAUCAAUAUGAGAUCAACUAAAUGCAUUUGCAUUAGAGAGAUUGAGAAACACGAAUGGCACUUACGUUUAUUGGGUAGUGUUAGUGCCGAUCACUUUUCGCUUUUAAGUUUCUUUUUAAGACCAAUCUAUAAAACUGUAGAUAUCGGGUAUUGAUUUACUAUCCAUUUACAGCUUUUUUUGUAACUAAAAAUAAUUUUUUAUGAAUGUAUAUUAUUUUGCUAAAUUAAUUUUUUUAUGAAAGAAAACACUAACUACUAAAAUAUCCUUCUUAGUAAACUUAACAAUAAAUAUAUUAUAAAAAUUAGAAAA